GCUUAACCUUAAAUGAACUAGAGCGUCGGAAUUUGAGUCUCCACUAAUAAUAAUCUAAAAAGAAGUAUAAAAUUAAGGCUGUAAACUGAUACUGUGUGAUAUCAAUCUUGUCUAUUUAUUAGAUACAUACAAAGUGUAUCAUUAAGAUAACAGCAGACUCUCAAUCAUGUGAUGCUAGCCCAAACGGUAAAAGCACAUCCAAAAGUUGUGUACAUAUUGUAUUAAUAACAUACAAAAUUACUUGAAAUUACUAAAUCAAAAUGAGUAAUGAAGUGCAGCCAACAAUUUUAGUUACUGGGUUUGGUCCAUUUCAAAAUCAUAAAAUAAAUGCUAGUUGGGAAGCAGUUAAAUUACUUCCAGACUUGUUUAGUAAACAUGAAAAGUCCCCAGGUUUUAAAUUAGUUAUAGAAGAAAUACCAGUUAUUUAUAAGGAUGUAGCUCAGAGAGUUAGAGAGCUCUGGAAAGAGCAUAAGCCAUUGAUAAUUUUACAUGUGGGUGUGUCACAUUUGGCAAAAUGUUUGGAAAUUGAAUGCCAAGCUUGCAGCAAAGGUUACAAUAAGCCAGACAUAAUUCAAAGCUGCCCAAUAGAAGAAGAUAUUAUGGAAGAGACUCUGAAAACUGAAUUUGAUAUACAAAAAAUAUGCCGGAUUGUCAAUGAAUCUUCUCAUAAAACUGGCUGUAAGGCUUCUAUGUCUAGUGAUGCAGGAAGAUAUUUAUGUGAAUAUAUUUAUUAUAAUUCAUUGUCUCUAAAAGAACCGCAAGUUCUUUUUGUACAUGUUCCUGACUUGGAUACAUAUCCAAGUAUAAAAACUGCUCAAGGACUGUUAGAGAUCAUUAUUCAUCUAACUGAAUGUGUAUUUGAUGUCAAAUGUACAAAAUUGUAAU